UGUCGUUAUGUCGACGUGUACGUCGUGUGGUAAAAAUGUUUCCCGGCUCGGUUUCAGUUACUGAAUGAACGUCACUUUAGUUCGUGGUGUUUAUUAAAACAGCGGGAGCCGAAAUGGCAGGAGAAAUGUCUAUAAUCGGUUCUGUGAUCCUGGCGUUAUUCCUAGCCGGAUAUCUAGGCCAGCAGUAUCUGCCUCCUCCUAAACCCAGAGUCAUCGGGCUCGAUCUCGGGACGACGUUUUGCUCGGUGGCGGUCUUCCAACCGGGAACCGGGGACGUGGAAGUGAUCGGAGACGAGAAGGGGCGAAAAAGCAUCCCCAGUGUGGUGUCCUUCACCGAGACGGGCGUAUACGUCGGGCACGAAGGCCAGGAGCUGGCCGACAUCAACCCGCAAAACACGCUUUACGAUGCCAAGCGAUUUAUAGGGAAGAUUUUUGAGCAGAAGACGUUGGAUGAGGAGAGCGCUCGCUACCCCUUCAAGGUCGUGCUGAACAACGGCAGCGCCGAGUUCCUGCUCAGCACGAACAGCACGUUCACCGUGAGCCCCGAGUUCAUCGGCUCUCGGCUGCUGUUAAAGAUGAAGAAAAUGGCGGAGCAGCACCUCGGGGUCCCCAUCGACAAAGCGGUGAUCUCCGUGCCGGCGGACUUCGACGAGAGGCAGAGGAACUACACCAUCCGAGCUGCCAGUUUAGCAGGGCUGGACAUCUUGAGGGUCAUUAACGAACCCACGGCAGCGGCGAUGGCGUACGGGCUUCAUAAAGUGGACGUGUUUAACGUCCUGGUGGUGGAUCUGGGAGGAGGAACGCUGGAUGUGUCUCUGCUCAAUAAACAGGGGGGGAUGUUCCUCACCAGGGCCAUGGCAGGAAAUAACAAGUUAGGAGGGCAGGACUUCAGCCAGCGGCUCUUCCAGUACGCCAGCGAGCGAGUGCUCCAGCAGUACGGCGUGGCUCCGUCGUUAAAGGAGGACGUCCAGCGUCUCCGUCAGGCCGUCGAAGAAGCCAAACUCGGCCUGACGGUGAAUUCCAGCGUCUCCCUGAAAGUCCCGCUCCGUCUCCGAACCGCAGGAGAGCAGGAAGAGCGCGUCACCUUCCAGCAGGAGCUCAGCCGCCAGCUCUUCGAGGAUCUCAACGCAGAUCUGUUCCAGAAGAUCCUGGCCCCCAUCGAGACGGUCCUGGAAGAGGGACGGCUGGAGAAAGACGAAGUGGACGAGGUCGUGCUGGUGGGCGGGUCCACGAGGAUCCCACGCGUUCGCCAGAUCAUCAGCGAGUACUUCGGGAAGGAAGCGAACACGCGCGUGGACCCGGACCUGGCCGUCGUGACGGGCGUGGCGCUGCAGGCGGGCAUCAUGGGAGGAUCGUGGCCUCUGCAGGUCAGCGCCAUCGAGAUUCCCAACAGACACCUGCGCAAAACCAACUUCAGCUGAGGAACGUCAGGGGGCGGAACAUCAGGCGGAGGAACCCGAGACUCAGGACCAAACUGAGCGGAGAACAAGUUCCCUUUCGGAAAGCGAGAAAGCGAUCAUUUGGACGUUUAGCAUGUCAUACAAUUUGCCCAACGUGUUUUUUUUUUUUUUUGUUUUUUUUUUAAACUGCUAUUACGCUUAAAGUACAUAAUCUUUCAGCCGCUCAGAUCGUAACACACGUGCGUGGGUUCUUCCCGAGAACAGGUUAUAUUGUUAUAUAAAGCAGUGUGGGAACACGUUCAGCCUACAUUCCUGAAAGCUUUGCACGAGGUGCUCAUCGUCUCACUGUAGAAAGUUCCAGAACGGUGGGAUCUCUACAGAACACGAUCGAAACUCGUGCAGGACGACGUACACGUAUACAAAGCGCCAGAUUCAAAAAAUAAAUAAAUAAAUAAAGUGAUAUUGAUCCAUGAAUUGCUUAUUUAAACAGAGACCGUAGCCGUGUUCUUCUGCUUCCGUCUGGACCGAAGCUGCAUUCACAAGGAUCCAUCAGGAACGCACGUCUGGCUGUGCAUGCGCGCGCGUGACGGCCUGUUCGAGUUAAGCAGAACGGAAAUGUUGAUGGAAAGCCGGUCAGAAGACGUCUGGACGGGGUUCGAUAAUUAAUGCUUCACACUGAUGUUAAGGAAGAUGAAGGAGAAGUACAGCACACAGCCCGAGCUGUACAGUGCAGUGAUAUUAUAAUCUCCGUACAGCUAUUUAUUUAUUUAUUUAUAGCCUCUCAGACUGUUCACGACUACUUUUAUUUAAGCCACUGUGUUUACAGGUGGCGGUUUUUUGUUUUAUUUUUAGAUAAUGGCUGCUGUUACUGUUAAUUGUGCAUCAUGGUCAUGAUCGUGGAUCAUCUUGAUUUUUUUUUAAAUUUAUUUAAUUUUUUCAAAAUUAAUUACUUUUUUUAUUUAGGCAUUGGGAAAACUGUUUUGCUAACCAAAAGAAGUGACCGGUCUUUUAGAAAUAAGAGUGUUUGGCGUUCAUGCUGUCUCAUGUACAGUUGUUUGAGUUGAUUGUGAACAACAACAACAAGAAGUAAAGUCUACGCUCUGUGUUAAAAUAGGUACCGUGCUUUACCUACUAAUACGUGUUUAAUGUAUUUUUCUCUUAUUUUUAUUUUUCGUUUUUAUUUCGUCUUACAUUUCAAGCUUGGAUUUAGAAGAAAAACGUUGCACUUUAAAAUACGGAGGCGUAAAUGCUUAAAGAAAUAGUCAUUUUGUCAGUCAUAAAAAAAAAAAAUUUAAAAAAAAUCGUAACUGUGUGUUAAUAAUUAUUUUUAUACACCUAAAAGAACUUGAAUAGAAAACGUUUGUACUUUUUCGGGGGCCAAAUUGAAUGAGUAAAUAAAACAAGCCAAAUGCC